UGUACCUGAGCUGAUUUUACUUUCUGGUGAUGAACCCUGGUGACCAUUCCCUAAUGACUCCAGGAUAAAGCCCAAAGUCCAGAACAGCCCUUUACACACUGGCACUAAUCUCUGUGCAGAUUUAGCUUCUGCUGUCCUCUCCUUUUCUUCCACCCAUAUAUGAUACAUUUGCACUUGCUCCCUGCCUUCAAGGACGGCUCUCUCCAUCACUAACUCCUGCUCACCUUCAAUAUUUAGCUCACAAGGAUUCUAACGGCUUCUCUGUAAUUCACUCACUGCAUGAAGAGGUCUUUUCUUUGGUGUCAUUUCAGAUCACACCACUGAAAUCGCUGUCGCUUGUGCCCUCAUGCCGAGCCCAUACAAUGUCACUGAAUUCAUUUUCCUGGGAUUUUCUCCCAGUCUGCAGGUGCAGAGGGCUUGCUUUGUGAUCUUUCUGCUCCUGUACGCCGCAAUUGUGCUGGGGAAUUUUCUCCUCAUACUCGCUGUCCUGAGCAGCGCAAGUCUUGGAUCCCCCAUGUACUUCUUCCUCAGCUGCCUGUCCCUGGUGGAGAUCUGCUACUCGUCCACUACUGCCCCCAAACUCAUCUCGGACCUGCUGGCUGACAGGAAAUCCAUCUCAGUGGGGUGCUGCAUGGCACAGCUUUUCUUCCUGCAUUUCUUUGGUGGCAUUGAGAUUUUUGUGCUGACAGUGAUGGCCUAUGACCGCUACGUGGCCAUCUGCAAACCUCUGCACUACACGACUAUCAUGAACUGGCAGGUGUGUGCUGUCCUUGUGGGAAUAGCGUGGGCGGGAGGCUUCCUACACUCCACUGCCCAGAUCCUUCUCAUCUUCCAGCUGCCCUUCUGUGGCCCCAAUGUGAUUGACCACUAUUUCUGUGACGUGCUGCCUCUGCUCAAACUUGCCUGCUCAGACACCUUCCUCAUUGGUCUCCUGAUUGUUGUCAAUGGGGGAACCCUGUCUGUGGUCAGCUUUGUGAUUCUAUUAGCAUCUUAUGUGGUCAUCUUGGUCCAUCUGAGGACCCGUAGCUCUGAGGGGCGGCGCAAAGCUCUCUCCACCUGCGCAUCCCAUAUCACUGUGGUGACCUUGUUCUUUGCACCUUGCGUCUUCAUCUAUCUGAGGCCUUCUGCCACUCUGCCUGUAGAUAAGCUGGUAGCCGUGUUCUACACUGUGAUAACCCCGCUGCUCAACCCUGUCAUCUACUCGCUGAGAAACGCUGAAGUGAAGAAGGCCGUGAAGAGCCUGUGGAUCAGGGUAACUUUCCUAGGAGAGCGUCAUUAA